AUGGUAUUCCCUCUUUGCGCAGAUUUAUACACAAUUGAAUUUCAAAAAAGAGGUCUACCACAUUGUCACACGCUUUUAUGGGUGUCUGAUGCGUAUAGUAUACGCAAUGCUGAACAGGUGGAUCACUAUAUAUCGGCUGAACUACCUGAUCAUCUUCUCAAACCUGUUCUCCACAGGAUUGUGAUGGAUUAUAUGUUGCACGGUCCAUGCGGUUUAGCACGCAUGGGUUCUCCCUGCAUGAAAGAUGGAGUUUGCAAAAAGAAUUUUCCUAAGCCAUAUGAGGAUUUUACACGUUUUGAUAAUGCGGGUUAUGUACAUUAUAAGAGAUCGUCAACAUCUGCGCCGUUUCUAAAAAAUGGUGUUCCUUUAGACAAUGGGUACGUUGUUCCAUACAACGCAAAUUUGUUAAUGCACUUUGAAGCACAUAUAAACGUAGAAUACUACGGUUGGACUAUGCUGAUCAAAUACUUAUUCAAAUACAUCUCCAAAGGUGCUGAUCGUAUUCAGUUUGCGUUAACACGUGAUAGACAAACUGGAGAGCCAGCUGACAUCCCGGAGGUCAUAAACGAGAUAAAAAAUUAUACAGAUGGCCGAUUCAUAUGUCCACAUGAAGCAGUGUGGAGGAUAUUCAGUUUUCCAAUACAUCAUAAGAAUCCCCCAGUUCAAGUUUUAGCUGUUCACUUGGAAGGAAAGCAGAACCUUACUUUUAAACAGUCGCAAUGGCUUUCGGAUAUUACUAGCAAUUCAAAUAUUGGUAAAACAACCUUAACAAAAUGGUUUGUGAAUAAUACCAAUGAGAUAUCCAACGAAAAUAACUCUGGUUUGUCAGGAGUUAACCUUCGGUACAUUGAUUACUUAUCGAUGUACCGUUGGGAUAUGUCAUCAAAAAAAUUGAUGCGAAGAAGAAGUAAAAGGGAGCCAACAAUUGGUAGGCUUACAUAUGUGCAUCCAACAUGCGGAGAACUCUUUUAUUUAAGGCUUCUACUCAAUUUUCAAAGAGGAUGUUGUUCUUUCGCAGAUGUACGUACAAUAUCAGGGACUGUAAUGCCAACAUUUAGAGAAGCGUGUGAAAGGCUUGGUUUAAUCGGAGACGACAAAGAAUGGGCCACCACUAUUGAAGGGGCUGCUGAGUGGGCUACAGCUGCUGAACUAAGAUCUCUCUUUACUUGCAUACUCCUUCACUGUGAUGUUUCAAAUCCUCGAAGGUUAUGGGAGACAAAUUGGAAAUGUAUGUCAGAUGACAUAAACCGUAGUAUAGGCCUUGCAAUUACCACUCAUUCAGCGGUCAUAGCCGAUCAAGACCUACAACAGUAUGUACUACGGAAAUUGGAAACUCUUCUUAAUACGAACUCAACUUCACGUUCAUUGGUUGACUACGGUCUACCGAUGCCAGAUGCUUCUGUGGUUUCUGGGCUUGGAAACAGCCUUCUUUUAGAAGAGAAAAGCUAUGACAGAGACGCCUUACGCAUUGAACACAUGAGUCUUCACAAGGGCCUUCGACCAGGUCAGCUAGCUGUAUACAAUGCAGUCAUGUCUUCAUUUGAAAAUGGAACUCAAUGUUUGCUUUUUGUCUACGGUCAUGGUGGAACAGGAAAGACAUACUUAUGGAAAACGAUCAUUGCACGUCUUAGAUCAAGAGGUGAGGUUGUACUUGCUGUUGCAGCAUCAGGUAUCGCAUCACUAUUGCUUCCAUCUGGUAGGACUGCUCACUCCAGAUUUAAAAUCCCAUUGGAGCUAACUGAAGAAUCCAUCUGUUACAUAAAGAAGAAGUCAAACCUAUGUAAUUUGCUUUUGCAAACCACUCUAAUAAUAUGGGACGAGGCUCCAAUGAGUGAUCGCAGAUGUUUAGAAUCCUUGGAUAAGACACUUAAGGAUUUAACAUCAAACACUUCGCAAUAUUUUGGCGGAAAAAUCAGUUUUACUAGGAGGCGACUUCAGGCAAACAUUACCAGUAAAACCUAA